CCACACUCCUCCUAAACUCCUAUACCCUCUCUUUUUUUUCCACCAAUCAACUUUGCUUUUACAUACCAUUUUCACCCUACUAAUUAACCACAGUUACAUAGACAUGAAGAUGAUGAUUGGCAGUCGGUGGUGGGGAUCCGCCGCCGAUGCACGGCAGGGUUGCGAAGGAGGCAGCGGAGGUUCACAGUGGGGCUGCGGUGGGGAAUGGUUCUUCUGUAAAUAUGGAUAAAAGAUAGAAAGGCUUUGCACUUGCGCUCUCCUAAGUUUAUAGCCCGGUUGAAAUUAAGGGGCAGAUUUGGGAGAGCAGCAUCGUUGCAUUGCGGGGAAUUGAGGGUAACGGUCCGAUUUUACUUAAACUUUAGCUCUUUAAUAUAGUCUUUAAUUCCUUGUUUAACCUCUAGUUGGUGUGUUUUAUUUCAUCUUUAGCCUUAGUUUUACUCUUCUUCUUCUUCUUUUCCUUUUUCAUUUUGGAAUUAAUGUUGUGAUAUGAAGAUGGGAUGUAAGAGAUGCAUACUGAGGUAGCUUUGGUUUCUUAAGGUUGGUUAGUGUUUUAUAGUUGACAUCUUGAGUUGGAGUUGGAGUUGACUUUGGAGAGUGUUUGGAUUUUGUAUGAAUGCUUCUGGGCAUGCAUCACUUACACCCAUUAUGUAGUAUGUAGUGUAUUUGCUUUUGGCAUGAAUUAAAAAGAUGAAGGAAAU